AAAUUUCCAGUUCGAAAAUGAUGAAAAACAAUUUACUUUUGGACACGCUGCAUGCGGUCGAACAGGUGGAGGUAUCCUUCGACCAGACCCUGCGCACGAUCAGCGAAAUCAAUCAUCGGUACGAACUGGUCACGACCCUCAAGAAGGGCUCCGCCCGCGGCCGGGAUGCGUACGAGCGGGAGAUCCAGGCAGCCAUCACGGACUCCACCGCCCGCCCGAAAGUCCCCGCCAAGAAGGGCAGGAAGAAGAAAGCCACGCCCCCGAAGAGAAUCAAAAAGUGGAGGACAGUCAGCGCCAGCUUCGAGUGCCUGAGCGAGCAGGAGGACGAGCUGGAGGAGGGCCCCGCUCCACAGAUGGACCUGGAAGUACCGUACAGCAUGUACAUGCAGGCCAGUGGCACACAGUUCUACCACAUCGAGUGCAACUGCAACAUUGUGGUGCCCAAGAAGACCUACAAGGAGCGCAUCGAGCGACUGCAUCGGGCGGCGCAGCAGAAGUUGCAACAGCAGUGCCAGGCGUUCAGCAAUCGGUGCGUCAACCCAGAGCCCCAGAGCCCAGAGCAGGACGAAGACCUUCGGAAUUGCUGCAGCUAUUGCUGUCCGUAUUGCUGUUGCAACUGUUGCGAGUUCUACUGACAAAUUCCCAAAUGUACCCCCACAAAUCUUAUGUUAAACUUUUCUGAAUAGUUGGAUUUUCUUUUCAUUUU